AUGAGCCAAGAUCCGCUGUACAAUGAGAAGAACCUCUUCUACCGUGGCGACUACAAAGCAGUCAUUGCAGAGCAAGAGAAACCAGGUAUCGCACCACUUGUGUUGCGUGCACAAAUCGAAUUAGACCCGACUGCUGCCCUUCAACAACUCAAAACAAGCAAGGACGCUCACAGUAAAGCGUGUGCUGCAUUGUGUCAUGCCAAGCUAGGACACUCUCAAGAAGCGGAGAAGGGUGUAGAUGGUCUAUUGACAAGCACAGAACCGCACGUCCAAGUCGUGGUUGCGACCGUGUUGGCGCGCCUGGAGCGGUAUGAAGAAGCGCUGGAUGUGUUGGGAUCCUUGGACGAGAAUAUCGAAGCAAGUGCACUACAGAUUCACAUCCACCUCGCCCUCGACCAGCUCUCUCAGGCUGAGGGUGUUUUGAAAAACACACAGCAAUGGUGCAACGACGAGGAACUCGUUCAACUGGCUGAAGCCUGGAUCAUGAUGCGUCAAGGUGGAGAUCGCCUCAAUGCAGCGAGCUAUACAUUCGAGGAACUAGCAGAGAUGAGUCCGAGUGCGGUGCGUAUGCAAGUAGCAAAAGCAGCAGCAGCCUUGGCGAGUGGAGACACGGACGAUGCAUUGGCACAGAUGAAGCGUGCCUUGCAGCGGGAUACAAAACAAGCAGAUGCUCUGGCUAAUCGCGUUGUCUUGGCUGCCAUCCAGGGAGAAGACAGAACGGAGGCGAAAGCGGCACUCAAGGAUGCAGAUGCGAAUCACCCAUUGCUCAAGGAUCUCGAGGAGAAGGAGGCCUUGUUUGGGCAGCUGGCUGGGCAGUACACGUUUGUUGAGGCAGUCUAG